AUGGACGCCUCCUCCCUCCGCAUCUCCAAGUUCGAUGGAACUAACUUCCACGCCUGGAAGUUCAAGAUGCAGAUGGUGCUGGAGGAACGGGACCUAUGGGAGGUCGUCAGCGGUGAGAUCAAGGCGGAACAGUGCGAGACUCAGUUGGACCAAGCGACAUACAAGAGGAAGUCAAGAAAGGCGAUGGCAGUGAUCUGUCUAGCCAUGGAAGAUUCCCAGCUACCGUUGGUCCGGUCGGCAAGUGGUGCAUGCGACGCAUGGUCAAGGUUGGAAGACCGCUUCGAGAGGAAGAGUCUUGCCAACAAGCUGUUCUUGCGCCGUCGCUUCUUCACGACAAUGAUGGAAGAAGGCGACGAUGUGCUCGAACACAUCAACAAGCUCAAGACGCUGGCGGAACAGCUAGAAGCGGUGGGGGCUCCAGUCUGCGAGGACGAUCUGGUGAUCACACUCCUCGGCAGCCUGAGUGACUCGUAUCAAUUCUUGAUCACAGCUUUGGAGUCGCGCUCAGACACUCUUAGCUGGGAGCUCGUGACGUCUCGACUGCUUCAUGAAGAAAUGAAGCGGAAGGAGCAAGGAAGUAAAGGUGAUGAAGCUUCGCAAGGUCAAGCGUUCAUCACAAGGGACAAUCAGCGCAAAGGGCGACCAGUGAAGAAGUCCUGGCCGUGCCACAAUUGCGGAAAGAUUGGUCACUGGAUGGCGGAGUGCCCCUCGCGCAUCCAAGAAAACACGGAGAGACACCGGCCACAGCGUGCUCAAGACAGCGGCGACCGCUAUAGAUCACAACGUGCAAACGUCGCUCAAGAAGAAGACUCGGGCGACUACCUCUUUUCGAUCGGUGAAACGACAUCUGCGAAAUCGAGCGACAUCUGGCUGGUCGACUCCGGGGCGACGCAGCACAUGACGUGCUCCAAGAAGUUCAUGCGGAACUACAAGGGGUUUGACGCUGUGGAUGUCCAUCUCGCGGAUGAUGGAAUCGUCCAAGCAAUCGGCAGUGGGGACAUUGUCAUGUCGAUGAAGACACCCCAAGGGAUGAAGAAAGGUGUGCUCACAAACGUGUGGCACAUCCCAAAGUUAUCCAGAAACCUGUUCUCGGUCGGCCGCUUCACCAAGGAUGUCGGCCCAGUGACGUUCACGAAGGAUGGGUGCUAUGGAGAAGCGAAAGGGACCAAGUGGAAAAUUGGUGCCCGUGAAGGUAAAGGACUGUUCAAGCUGCAAAUGACUCCAGUGGCGCCGGAACAAGCAAAUACAGCCAAGUCGUCGGGAUGUCAAGGGGGCACCAAGUCGUACCUCUGGCACCUUCGGCUUGGCCACAUAGGUCAUGAUGGACUCAAUUGCAUCGUGACGAAGAACAUUGGAAUUGGCAUCGACAUAUCUUCGGUGAAAGAAGUGGGACGUGUGUGA